GUCCACAGCCUCCACCUCAGCUCCCUCUAACAGGACUGGUCGCGGUCUUGGUCUGGACCUCUCAAAGUCAAAGACCAGCUCCUUGGUCUUAGAGGUGUUGAGCUGCCUCGAGCUGCUAGCCUCAGGGUGCUGUGUCUGCAGCCUUGCUGUGACAGAGUAGAUCCUCUCUCAGGCAGUGGCUGCGUCCGCUCUCGGAGGGAUGUAACACCUACGGUGAUCACGUGACUGAACUCCCUCGGCAGGUAAUCUGACCGCAGGGUGACAGCUGGAGGUCACGGCAACAGACUGUCUUUACGGAGUAAAAACACUGAAUGAAUAUACUUUAAAGUUUAGGUCAAAAUAAAUUUACAUUCUGCAGGUUAUAAACCAGAUCUGGACAAGGUCAACAGCCUGUUAAUGACUUACAGACCCUGGCAGCGCAGUCGGUCGAACUGACGGACACAUCAUGCAACAGAACUUCAGGAUGUUUCCCCUGAUGAAUGAUCUGUUCCUUCAGUCUUCGGUCCGACCCCUGAGUGUUUUGGUUUUUCACCUUCUCCUCACACACUCUCAAAGUCAGUCUCAGCUGAUUGGUCCAUCUCAGCCAAUAGUGGCAACAGUUGGUGAUGAUGUCAUUUUGCCAUGUCACCUGGAUCCUGCAGAGGAUGUUGGUACCAUGAUAUUGGAGUGGACAAGACCUGACCUGAAGCCUAUAUACGUCCAUAUGAGGCGUGCUGGUCAGGACCUCGUAGAUAAACAUCCAUCCUACAAAGGACGAACCUCACUGUUCAUUAAUGAACUGAAACAUGGAAACAUUUCACUGAAACUGUCCAAAGUCAAACUGUCUGAUGGAGGAACGUACCACUGCUUCAUUCCAAAACUGGAUAAAAGAUCUUCUGUUGAGCUUGUUGUUGCAUCAGGUGCUGCCUCCUCACCUGUCAUCAGUUUAUCAGGGACUGACAGUAACAGAGGAGCAGUGGUGUUAGAGUGUGAGUCUAAAGGCUGGUAUCCAGAGCCUGAGGUGUUGUGGCUGGACGGUGAGGGAAACCUCCUCUCUGCUGGACCUACAGAGACCAGAGAGACAGAGAUACGUAUACCAGAUGAUUUCUUUAAGGUCCAGUCCAGUUCUUCUUCUGUCAUCAUUGGUUUGGCUGUUAGUUUGGCUGUUUGCAUCGUGGUCAUUCUCUCACUGGUUUUUUGCCUGUGGAAGAAGAGACAAGACAAAACCAGGCAAAAAGACUCUACAAGAAACAAAACUGAAGGAGGAGGAGAGGAAAUGACGCCCAUGAGAGAAACAGUGGACGGGAACACAAAUCAUCCUCAGUCUGGAGGAAGAGGA